AUAAAAUAAGAAAACGAAAAGGUAUUUUUUCAGUAAAAUUGAACGUCAUGCUCUGACGAGUCCGAGUUAUCUUGCGCUUUGAAACGAAAAAACUUCCUACGUCACUUUGCUGCGUGCGGCAUAGCAAGUCCACGAAAGAAUGCCGCGGUCUGUACCGCAAGCACCGUAUUGUGCACGUGAGCGUUUUCAGAGCCGUAUCACCCGAGUGAACGAACAUCAAAUAGAUGUUUUGUAACGGAAAACCUUUACUCGAGUCAAACCAUACGAAGCGGAUAUGCGAUGGUAGUGACGGGUCGCUACCGUGUUUUAAUAGUAUAGAAAUUUUCGAAUUAAGGACUGAUAUAUUCUCGAUUGUUCUGAAGAUUAAACUAACGAUAAAAUGAUAUUUGAAAAUCUUGAAUUUCGAAUACUUCAAGAGGGAGAUUUUAAUGCGGUAUGGAAUCUGAUACUUGCCGAAUAUAUCACCCGUGAGCCCUGUUGUGUCGCACUGGACUUGGACGAGGAAAAAAUCAGCACUGUUUAUCUGAACUUGGCCAAGAAUAGUAUAAGCCAUCAAGCGAGUCUCGGAGCGUUUGAUAAACAAACGAAGGAAUUAAUUGGAAUUAACUUAACCUUGUUGGCGAAGAAACGAGAUUCUAUACCCGAUAUUGACUUAAGCCAACUUCCUAAAGAAAUGCAGCAAUAUGGGAUGAUGCUAACAACUCUGUCAGGGGAAGAAAAUCUGGUUGCGCCAGAAAAAUUUAUGGGAACGAAAAAUUAUAUGCAGUCAACUAUGCUCUGUUCGAAAACAGGGGUAACAAGGGUCUUGGAACAGAGCUAUACAAGAGGUCGGAAGAAAUAGCUCUGAAAGAAAGAUGCGAAAAGAGGUUCACAUUUUCAGUAAGUGCAUUCACAUCGAAGAUAUGCGACAAAAUGGGGUAUGAGUCUCUGAAAGAUGUAAUUUACAAAGACUAUAUUGAUCCUAUAACUGGAGAUAAGAUAUUCGAGAAUGUUCCCUCACCACACACAAAGUGUAGUCUUAUGUCUAAGAAUUUGUAAUUCCAAAUAAAUAUUGCAACAUUUCAAUGAAGAACCGGGACAAUGACUUGAACGAGAAUUCCUCUACGUCGAGUAUUGUAAUUUAGCAGAGUUUAGCGCCACGAAUGUUUCUAAGAGUGAUCUGUGCAUAUUGGAUUUCAUUCGAAUAAAUUUCUUGAAUUUUA